AAACCCUUGGAAGACACUUCAAGAAACAGCUGGUGAUAAUGCGCUUGGGAAAUUCCUUGUGGCUAGUAUAAAAGUUGCUUGCAAGUCCCACUCGCCACCAGUGACCAGCCAUGAAGUCCCUCGUGCUCUGUCUGCUCCUCGCCGGGGCCUUCGCCGCCCCCUCCAGGAAGCCCACCUUCCGCCGCGGUCUCAACAAGAUCGUCGGAGGAACAGCCGUCACUCCUGGUGAGCUUCCUUACCAGCUCAGCUUCCAGGACAACUCCUGGGGCACCGGAUGGCACUUCUGUGGUGCCUCCAUCUACAACGAAAAUUGGGCCAUUUGUGCCGGUCACUGUGUCCAGGGCGAUGACUUUGACAAUCCCAGCUACCUUCAGGUAGUAGCAGGAGAACAUAACCUAGAGGUUGACGAGGGCAACGAGCAGACGGUCGUCCUCUCCAAGAUCAUCCAACACGAAGGUUACAACGGCUUCACCAUCAGCAACGACAUUUCCCUGCUGAAGUUCUCUCAGUCUCUGACCUUCAACAACUUCGUGAGCUCCAUCGAUAUUCCCGCUCAGGGUCACGCUGCCUCUGGUGAGUGCAUCGUCUCCGGCUGGGGCGCUCUCACGGAGGGAGGAAGCUCUCCCGAUGUCCUCCAGAAGGUGUCCGUUCCCAUCGUGUCUGAUGACGAGUGUCGCGAUGCUUAUGGCCAGAACGACAUUGAUGACUCCAUGAUCUGCGCCGGAGUGCCCGAGGGCGGCAAGGACUCGUGCCAGGGUGACUCUGGCGGUCCCCUUGCUUGCUCUGACACCGGCUCCACCUACCUGGCCGGCAUCGUGUCCUGGGGCUACGGCUGUGCCCGUCCCAACUACCCUGGAGUGUAUGCUGAAGUCGCCUACCAUGUCGAUUGGAUCAAGGCAAAUGCUGUUUAAUUGUACCUGAAUUAAACAAUAAAAGAUUCCAAAAUAAAA